ACAGGGGCGAGCUGAAACCCUGGAGCUGCGACUGUUGGAUGGGCAAGUGCUGACAAAACAACGCAAGCGAGGGCGACUCCAGAGACCGGAGAGACACAGACACACACGCCUGCAGAUCUAGGAUCCCUAGUUGUUUUUAGAGACCUUGCUUUCUUCCUCAACGUUCUCAUGCUCCUUUUUCUGGAACCAGAGCUAGACUGAACGUGGGGACGGGAAGAUCUGGUGCUGCUUUACUCAACAGGAAAAAAGGGGUUGUGUUUAUAGAUUUAUAUGUAAGGGAGGAGAGGAGACUUCCUUGAACUUUGAUCCUUUGAAGGGAGUGCAGAAACCGAACUGUUUAUCAUUAGCAUUCUUUCCUUGUUUUCCUCUUGCUCGGUAGUUUGAAUGUAAAGAUUUGUUAGGACUAGCUUAAAAAACAGGACAGUUCGUAAAAGAUCUGGACAGAUGUUUAUCUUUUGGGAGAAAUGUGAAGUGAACUAUGCGCCCGGGAGCAAAGAGUAACAGAAGAACGUAGAGUUUAUGGUUAAAAGGUCUGUUCUUUUGUUUGCUAAUUACAGUUUUUCUUUAAGCCUGGAACAGAAUCUGUCAGCUCUGCAGAACAGAAUUUUGAGCAUACACCAAAAACUGGUUUGACUUGUUAGUGACCUGUGGGAAGGGCAACUGUCUUAUGCAUGCGUGCUUAAGCAACACAGUGUUUUUAAAGCUUCUUGGCUGGUAUGAGGCAUUUCGGUUAGUCCUGAAAGGCGCUUUACUUUUGCCCCAGUUUCAUGUUCGAGCUGUGUUCUUAGUCAAAGAGCUGCACAUGUUCUUUUUUUUGAGUAAUUUAUAGUUUCCUGUAAAAGAGCAGCUUUUUUGCUAUGUUUCUCACUCUUAGCGGUGCACUGAAUCACUUCGCUGGCCAACCAGUGUGCACCCGGAGGACCCAGAAGACUUUCAAUAACUGAGUUUUAAAACCAGCAGGACUACAAAUCGAUCAUUGGGUCUGAACUAGUUCAGGCUCAUUUUUGACUGUCUUUGAGGACCUCAAUUGAUCGGUUUACUUCCAUCCCUGCACGCUCAAGAAGAUCUGGGUUGAUGCGUGCAGCCUGAUCUCACAAACGCUCUCAGGCGAAGUCUGAAUACUCGGUGCUGGGUGGAUUCCGGGAAGCUCUGGUGGUUUACACAGCGAUGGCCAUGGUGGGUGGGGGAUGGGGCAACCCUAACGGAAGCACCAAUGGCCUGGGCGAGAAGGGCUACCUGCGGGGGGAGGAGGACGAGAGCUCCCCUCAGGCUGGGAACAGCGAUGCCGAGGGGGGAGAGGAUGACAAGGCCUGCGUGGUGGACUGUGUUGUAUGUGGAGACAAGUCCAGCGGGAAGCAUUACGGCGUCUUCACCUGCGAGGGAUGCAAGAGCUUCUUCAAGAGGAGCAUCCGACGCAACCUUAACUACACUUGCAGAUCAAAUCGGGAAUGUCAGAUCGAUCAGCAUCAUCGCAACCAGUGUCAAUACUGCCGCCUGAAAAAAUGCUUUCGUGUUGGCAUGAGAAAAGAAGCAGUUCAGCGUGGACGAAUUCCUCCAUCGCACUCAGGAAUCAGCCCGACCUCCAUGGCUUCAGCAGGUGCAGGAGGGGCAGGUGGACCAGGCAUGGGCGGUGAGUUUUUCAAUGGUCAGCCAGCCCCCGAGCUCAUCUCACAGCUCCUGAGAGCCGAACCCUACCCCAACAGUCGCUACGGUGCUCAGUGUGGCCAGCAGUUGACCGGAGGCCACAGCUCCGUCAUGGGCAUCGACAGCAUUUGUGAGCUGGCCGCCCGACUCCUGUUCAGCACCAUCGAGUGGGCUCGGAACAUUCCCUUCUUUCCCGACCUGCCCGUCUCGGAGCAGGUGGCGCUGUUGCGUCUCAGUUGGAGCGAACUGUUUAUUCUGAACGCAGCGCAAUCCGCCCUGCCACUGCACAUGGCCCCUCUGCUGGCCGCCGCUGGCUUUCACGCUUCACCCAUGUCCGCUGAACGCGUCGUCUCCUUCAUGGACCAGGUGCGUGUCUUCCAGGACCAGGUGGAUAAACUCACAAGACUGCAGGUGGAUUCAGCCGAGUACAGCUGCCUCAAAGCCAUAGCCCUGUUCUCACCAGACGCAUGUGGACUGACAGACCCGGCCCACGUGGAGAGCCUGCAGGAAAAGGCACAGGUGGCCCUGACCGAAUACGAGCGCAUGCAGUAUCCGACUCAGCCACAACGUUUCGGACGCCUUCUUCUCCGUCUGCCCUCGCUAAGAGCCGUCCCCGCAAACCUCAUCUCUCAGCUGUUCUUCAUGCGUCUGGUCGGCAAGACGCCCAUCGAGACACUCAUCCGAGACAUGCAGCUCUCCGGGAGCUCGAUCAGCUGGCCGUACGUGCCCGGACAGUAGUAGAAGUAACCGCCCCGAGAUGCCUAUCAGCAUCUUAAACUUCGACCAUGUUUCAUAAGCGUGUUGGCUUAUAGAAUUGUUAUGUGAAUUUCUGUUAGCUGCUCUGAGAGCCUUCAUGUUCAUGUGUUGCAGAGUCGUACUGCUCAUUAGUGUACGUGGUGAAGGACAGCCAAAGGUCAAUAUGUCGUCACAUGUCCUUAUGCAGAUUAAUUGAGUUGCUCAUUUUCAGGAUACCUCAGGUUUUUUACAUACAGUAAAUAGCAAAACUCACAGUAGUGAUUCUAAUGAACAGAUAUGAGAACAAUGACAGAUAAUUGACAGGAAACGAUGACAGGAAGAAUUGUAGGAUUUUGAUAAAAGGAAGAAUGGUACAUCUUAUACAUGGCUUUGCUCCCAUACCAAGAGAUGAUCAGGAACGCAGUGAUAUGUAAGACUGAUGGUCCAGCUUUAAACAUUCAUACGAGAGUCCCUGCUAUUACCUAAGAAUUAUUAUGAUUUGAAGUAUUACAGCUGAUUAUGUAGUUUAGAAGAAUUAGCCCACUUUUGAAGACACACUUAUUUGAAAUAAAACGACCACUAAUGGCCAAUAAGUUUUGUAAGACAGAUAAUCUCACAUUGUUGGAACAGGUCUGCGUACGCCUUACGACUUAAUUGGGUCCAAAUAACAAAAAAGAUUCAUAUUGGUAGUCAUGACAGUCCAAUAUUUUUGCAUACUAAUUAAAAAUAAGGUCUCAAUGUUGAAUUUAUUCUUGAAAAGCAAAAACAAACACAUACAGACAGUCCUUUUAUAGGCAGAAUGCUACAGCAGGCAUACACAAAUUGUUUUAAAAGAAAGUACAAUUAAAGACAAAUACUUUACAUGGCCGAAUUUUACUUUUUUUAUAUGUCUACAGAUGUGAGGAAUUGUCAUUAAUAAAAUAAAUUGUCUGCU